AUGAGACUGAAAACGUAUGGUGUCUGUUUUAGAUCGUUAUUCACACCUCAACUUCAAACUUUAUCGCAACUCUUUGAGAAAAACAAUUACGAGUUGAGAAUAGCUGGUGGAGCAGUAAGAGAUCUACUAAUGGGAAUACGACCAGCUGAUGUUGAUUUUGCAACCACAGCGACUCCUACUCAAAUGAAGGAAUUAUUCGAGAAGGAGCAAGUUCGUAUGUUGCAUAAACGCGGCGAGGAACAUGGAACCAUAACUUGUCGGAUAGACGAUAAGGAAAACUUUGAAAUUACUACUUUAAGGGUAGAUCUGGUUUGCGACGGUCGUCGCGCCCAAGUACAAUAUACCACCGACUGGCAGCUUGACGCAAACAGAAGAGAUCUCACAAUUAACUCGCUCUUUUUAGGGAGCGCUUUAUUCAUGGGUCCAAAGAUUAGUGUUGAAAACUUAGACGGGAAUGUCAUAGAUUAUUUCGGAGGUAUUCAAGACGUUGAGAAAAAACGAGUAGCCUUUGUGGGUGAUGCUGUACAACGGAUUCAAGAGGAUUAUCUCAGAAUCCUAAGGUAUUUCCGCUUUUUUGGUCGCAUUUCAUCAUCGACAGAACAUGAAGCCGCUACGUUAAAAGCUAUCAAGGAAAACAGCCGGGGAUUGGCGGUAGUUAAUUAGUU